AACUCCGCAGGAUCUGUCUCUUUUGUUGGUUCCCUGGAUCAGAGGGGAGAGCUUUGGCUCCAACAACAGCCCCCUGUUCACCCUCAGAUGGGGCAGAGUAUGAGUUCAGGAGCUGCAGCAUCCAGCUUGAAUGGGAAGCUGUUCCAGUGGCAGAUUCAGGAUGGGAGCCAGUGGUUAGAUGUGGCCCACGAUGACAUUAUCGAAGCACAGUACACACUGCCGAUGGUGGAAGGGAUCCGUCUACACACCACCAGAUACGGAACAAUCUAUCUGGACUUUGAUAAGAUGGAAAUUGUUGGCAGCAACUUGAAACUGAAAAGGCUGACCUUUCCACCAGCCCAGGGGAUGGAUGAAUACAGCUGGUAUUUUCUGGAUGACCAUUCCUGGAGGGAAUAUGGAGUUCAGGGCACCGGCCGCAAAACGACAUUAAUCACAAGUCCCGAUAUCGAAUUUCAGUUCAGGACGGCUCCUCAAAACGUUUUCAACUUUAAUAUUGGAAGUUCAAAAUACACCAUUGAUUUUCAAGCAAUGGAUCAGACGAAUGUCCAAUCGGGAAUGAAGAGAAAGGUCAGGAGGAGGUCACGGUUUAACUCUGAGAAUCAGAAUCCAAACAGCAUUUCAGGUGCAGUGGGUCACCAGCCCGUGUCAAACUCUGUCACAUCAUGCACUUGGCAGUUCAGAGGUGACCAUGGCUGUUGGAUGGACUACAGGAGACCGGGUGAAGGUGGCGCUGUCUGCUCAAUAAAUAGUCAAGAUAUUGAACAGAGUUAUCAGCAGAACCCCCAAGGAUCCCUGCAAUUUACCGCUGGCCACUUCCAGUACAGACUGGAUUUGUCAGCCAUGAUACAAAUCAACCUUGUAACUCUCACCAAGAGAGCGGUGAGGCGUUUGCAAACUCCGAGCCUGCAGGGAGCUAGUGGAAACACUGGAGGCAACAGAUUGUGGCAGUUCAUGGAUGAAGAAGGGUUGUGGCAAGAGUAUUCACAGCCUGGAAUCCUCAAGUCAGUUACCAGUCAAGACAUUGAGAGAAUUUACCAGAAGAAUCCUCAAGGUUCCAUGAAGUUCUCUGCAGGAUGGAACAUUUACAGUUUGGAUUUCUCAGCCAUGACCCAGACCAAUUUGACAACCAGGAAAGUCAGACCAGUGCGUCGUCUUUGAAGGCAGAGCAGAAAGGCUUUAGCCACAAAGGAAGCCGCUAGGACUCCGAUCCAUAUGGUGUGUUCCAACAGGACUCCAGUGAAAUUUGCAGCAUUCUCUCCUAAAAUGUAUAGUCAACAGCCUGUUGGGAUUUCAGAGCAACAAAUGGACAUACAAAUAUUUCAAGAAUUUUGAUAGCAAGCCUCUGAUUUAUUGCCUCUCCAUCCCAGUUACAGACGGGUUAAGGUAUUUAACGAAAGGAGUAAGCACAGCCCUACAGGGGUCUAUCUGUUGAACAAACAGGAAGUGCCGAGGAAGUCUCUGUGGUGUUUAUCAGUCUUGAUUUGGCUGUCAAACCACAAUAAAUGGAAAGUUGUUGUGGUUCUGUUCACCGAGCAGGGAGUUUGUGUUGCAGACAUUUCAUCCCCUGUCUAGGUGACAUCCUCAGUGCUUGGGAGCCUCCUGUGAAGCGCUUCUGUGAUGUUUCCCCCGGCAUUUAUAGUGGCUUGUCUCUGCCGCUUUCGGUUGUCAGUUCUUGC